CAGUCACGAUUGUACCAAACCAUAGACCUAUUAACUAAUUUAAUAGGUCUAUGUACCAAACCGAAACAUUUGAGAGCCAUACCUCCACACCCCCCCACAGUCAAUCGUUUCCAGUCCUGUAUAUCUUAGUCCGUGCCACGAUUAAAGAUAUUAUAUCUUUAAUCGUGGUCCGUGCAUAGAACAAAUAGGGGAAAGGUGCAAACAUGCCGUAGCGUUUUUUUCACACCGAUUUGAGCAACCGAAUUUCUGUCUACUGAUAGUAUCAUGGAACACAUGGACAACCCCCCACUGAAUUCUAUCCACAACAGGUCGUCGUUUCCUCCAUGUUAAGUGUAUAUAACGAAUUUUUUCAUUUUCAGAAAUCCCGUUUUUUCAUUUAUUCAACCGACGAAUUAAACAUUUAUGAAGUAUAGUAAGAACAUAGUAAUCACUGUUCAGUGAUCACUCAAUGUGAAGGACCAAGAGGACGCAAACGUGACAAUUAGUAAUGAACUAUUGAAUAAUUCAAAAACAUUUAUCAACUUACUGACUAGGUGACAACUUCCGCCACAACGGUUUUUGCAGCUUUCGUUCGACGACUGAUACUUUUGACCAAAGUUUUAUUUAUCUUAAGAGAUAUAAAACAAGAUGAGCAAUUAUUCCACUCCAAAAGUACUGCGUUCCACAGCAAAAUUACCAGAAACACCUGCCUUGGAACGCAUUGGAUAUGGAACAGGUGUCGGUGUAUUCAAUUUGCAAAGAAAAGAUCAGUCUCCGUGGGCAGCAAAAAUUAUCAGUCGUUAUGCUGGUAGAGAUCGCAAACAGUUUAGCAAUCGUCUACAGCUGGAGGCCAAAGUAUUAUCGUCCCUCAACCAUCCUAAUAUAAUUGGCUACAGGGCAUUUGUCAAAAGACCUGAUGGCCGAGAAGUACUAUUAAUGGAACAAUGUGAACAAAGCUUAAUCGAUUUGAUUGAAACGCGCAAGGAAGAGAAUCUUGGACCAUAUCCUGUAGAAUAUAUCACAAAAGUUGCUGUAGACAUUGCAAAAGCAUUAGAUUAUUUACAUUCAUCUUUAAUAUUACACGGAGAUAUAAAAUCUGGAAAUAUUUUAGUGAAAAAUAACUUUGAGAUUGUAAAGCUUUGUGAUUUUGGUGUCAGUUUGCCAUUAAAAUUUGAUGGAACAUUGCAUAAAAUCAAAGGUUGUAAAGCAUUAUACAUUGGGACUCCUUGUUGGUCUGCUCCAGAAGUAUUGAAGGGUGAAGAAUGUAUGGGGGCCAUAAUCACAAGCAAAGCUGAUAUUUUCAGCUAUGGUUUGGUACUUUGGGAAAUGAUGACUUUAUCAUUCCCAAACUCAAGUACUGCAAUUAAUGAAUCGUAUUACACUGGAUUCAGUGAAGACAUGGAUGCCCAUUUAGGCGAAACACCACCAUUACCUGAUAGUUUGAUAAGUGAUCCAAGAUACAAACAAAUUAUUGAGCUAUUUAAUAUGUGUACAAUGCAAGAUUAUAAAAAGCGACCUACAGCAAAACAGAUUUUACGGUUUAUGGGUAUUUACUAACCUCUAAAUUGUUUAACCCAACUAUAAUUUUAUUUUAGAACCUUUAUUAAAAUUAUUUUUAUAUGCUUAAUUUGUUUUAUAUUUUAUAAGUGUACACAAAAAAGCUUUUCAAUUGUUUAUAAUAUUAAUAUGUUACUAAUAAAAUAUUUUUAAGCUUAUGAAGGUUAUAAUUUUCUUGCAAAAACUAUUGAUGUUAAAAAAUAUUUAAUUUAUAAACUUAAUUCAAAUUUUUUAAAAUCUUAAUUUAACUCAAAAACUGUAUUAUUUAUUUUCUUUAUAAAAAUGCAUUUUAUUUUAGAACUAAAUCAAAACUUAUUUUUUAAACUUACACUAUCUUGUAAUUAUAAUUUCAUAUUGCACACAUAAUUGAAUCUUUGGUUCUAAAGGAAAUUCAACGUCCAGUAAAUAUUAUUCUAAUGGAGGAACACGAGUUUCAUCCUGGGCGUUCCACUAUGACAUGAAAUCUGCUAUUUGAUAACUGUAUUUGAAUAAUUUCAACUGAGGUUACAAGUUGAUGUGAUUUACAAAGACAUCAAUAUAGAUUAUUCUCCUGUUGCCGGUAAAUUAGGACUUGCAUCUUUAGGCAAACGCAGGAGUAUACUUUGCAUAAAGUUUCUAAAAAGAUUGCUGUCUGGCCAAGUCGAUUCAUCUGAUUAACUCUCCUUAAUCAACUUCAACGUCCAAUUUUUGAAUUCGAAAUCUUUUAUUCCCGAUAAAAACAUUAAUUAUUACUAGGAUCUUUGAUAAUAUUAUUGAAUAUUAUUUAAAACUUUCAAAAUCAUAAAUGAAUUCGAUAAAUUUUUCAUUUUUCUUGAAUAUCCUAGACCCUUGAUUUUGUCAUACAUUCAAAACUUAUCUUAAUAACAUGUUACUCCAUAGACAUAACUUUUAAAAAGUAAUUUGUAAAUUGCAUUAAUUCAAAUAAAAUAUGAAACUACUUUUGUAUUACUGAAAAAUUAUCUACAUUACACUAAUUUGUAAUUCAUGUUACAUAUUAUUACAAUAUUACCCAACAUUGCAUUGGUAUUUUAUUCUGUAAUAAAAUAAGAACAUUUUUUUAUGCCAACCAAAAAUAACGCAAUUGCAGUUUUACAAUUUCCAGGAUAUUUUUUAUUUCCUUACAGAAUUUAUUUAAAACAAAAAAAAAAAGAAAGUCACUAUGGGUAUGGUUUUUGACGAUAAAUCGCAUAUUAAGUCGUAUUUGUGUUUCAAAAAUACAAACGGUAACACGGAAUUCUGGAAAGGUUAUUUCUUCACAGCCAUGGUUUUCCGUUAUCUUAUAACAUUUUCAUGGUAUUCAGAUGUUUCCCCUUGCAAUUUGUAGCAGUAUUGUACGUUGCCCCCCUGAAUUGAGACAUUUCCACUCUCAAUCAAAAUAUAUAUAUUUUUACACAUAAUAAUAGGUUGGAAAAUAUGGUUGGAUAAAUCUGUUUUACCUGAAAUACACGAUUCGCGAUUAUCAUGUCGGCAUCUAUUGACUAUCAUCAUUCAUGUUAUGGAUUUAUUAGUUAUUACUUUUUACCCAAAUAAAUGGUUAAUGAUUGACAAUCCCAAAGUUAUGUGAAAGUGAAUUAUAUUUAUAUAUUAAUUUAAAAAUUAUUCAAUAAAAGAAACCCGUAAUCAGUAUGUACCUAUAUAACAACAUUUAUUAUUAUUUACAUUUGUAAUUGUAUAUUAUUGUUUAAUAUUUUUUUAAUAUUUAUAUUAUUGAAUUUUGUGUUGGCAAUAGUGUUACUUUGACGAAUUAUUGAAUUAUAUUCAUAUAUUAAUUUAAUUAUUUGUAGUUUGUACAAUAAUUGAUUUGCAUUGUAUAUUAUUGUAUAAUAUUUUUAGUUUUAAUUUUUUGUCCAGGGGGAAGAUGUGGAAAAAACGUCCUAGAAUCCAUUUUCAUACAUGGUGUUUAGUAUAAUGUUAUUUAGGUUUUAAAAUACUUAUCAAUGUCAAAGAAAACUGCAAUAAACAAUAAGUUAUAAUAA